UUCUCAUAGUCACACGAAUAAGAUCAAGGGCGGCAGGGCAGAGAGAGGCUGGCAGCAGCCGAGACAGAUUUGAGACAUCUGUUGUUCGCGGGUCGAAACCAGCCUUUCCCUUGUCGGCACGCACACGGCAUUUUUCAUCUGCCGCGUACGUUCUUUGCACGUCGCGGACCCGAAGGUCGGACGAAUGCGGGUAGACGAAAUGUGCGGUAAUUGCCUACCUACGUAUAUGGGUAUCGUCUUCGUCCUCGCAUGUAUCCAAGCCUAUGUGUUAUAUACACCAGUGGCGAGAGGGGAUACGACGGCCGGUUAGGGCUGGAAUCUGGGCCCUCCACCGCGCUCUAUCGUCGAGACCACGCCCACAUCACACACAUACCUCUACUUGUCCGUUUACACGUAGCUGGUUGGCUCUUUACCCGACGGGGGCAGGCUGAGACGUUCGAGGGGAGGGGAUUCUCAACACGCACGCAGUUCCGGCGUCGCACGCGACACAUCCACGCUUCGUUCUGCAUACCUAACCUACACACAUACAAUGGGAUAGGAAUGGGGCGAGAUCAGAUGGGACAGCAUCGUAUUGCGUCGUAUUGCGUCAAAUCGAAUCGCGUGUCUCUCUUCGAAGCAGACUUCUUCUCGAUACUGCGCAUGCCGCACCGUGGGCGGCCAAGGUGCCCAACGAAUAUACGCGACGCAGGCGGACCAGCGGGUGGCGUGCUGGCGAGGCGUCUAAGUACGCAGAGCGGCAGGCUGGGUGAGUUGGCAGGUAAUCUAUCUCGCGACGGGCGCGGGCAGCGCCAGAUAGACGAAGACCUGGACAGGCAGACGGCGGCAAGCCGGAGGAGAGCAGAGAGAUGCGUAGGUACACACGUAGAGAUGGCGGUGGUCUCAUCGGAGGCGCAAGUCGCGGGAUUGGUCGACGUGAAAAUGGGAGGGAGAGGCCUCAUUCGCUACCAACUCGAGGCGAGAAACUCGUACACAUACCUACAAGUACAUACAAGGGGAGGUCGGUGUGUGCUCUCUCCUCUCUGUUUUCCAUCUACUCAUUGUCUCUCCGCCCCCUUCUUCCCCCCUCCCCCCUUCUUGGCCUACAUGGGUACGACGUCGUAACGCGGCAGAGUUGUGGCCAAGGCGGGCAGGGCGGCUCGCUACUGCAGGGGCGGCCUGGCAUAAUUUUACAUAUUGUUGCAUGAGAGUGACAGACAGACACGCACGCACUGGCACGCAGACACGUACUGCCGCUCUCGCAAGCUCAUUCUCUCCUGCGUGCGUCAAGGCAUGUGGUAGUAAUGGAGAAGCGACGAGGACGCUGUAGAUGCUAUGGCAUCUAACCGUGUCAGCAGUAGUGGUAAGCGGGCAAGAACCGCCAAAAGUAGGUACCGAAAGGAUCUGCGGAGUUCUCAUGUCGGCGCCCACUCGUAUG